AUGACGUCCGCUGCGUCAGAUAAACCCCCCGCCGUAGAUGACGUCGACGACCAGGAGGUGGACAUGGAAUCUGAGGGAGAUGACGACAAGGAAUUAUUCGCUCCUGUCAUGGCGAGUUUGCGGUUGGAUCUCCUGCCUGGAUAUGCUUCCGCUGCUCGGGAGAAAAUCAAUCAAGACAGCAACAAGAAAUCCCACGAGAUUGAGCCCGUCACCAUCGGUUUGCCAAUAUGUGGCUCCUAUCAUGUCCUCUUCCCUGUGGAAUUUAAUGAUGGAAUUCGCUGGAUCCUUAAGGUCCCUGUCAAUGGAACUCGCGAUCGGUUUGACGGGCCCGCUGCUAGAGCAUUAUGCUCCGAAGCAUUGACGAUGCAGCUACUACGACAUAAGACUACUAUUCCUCUACCUCGAGUAUUCGCAUUUGACGCCACAUGCGGCAAUGAUCUUGGUUGCCCGUUUAUCCUAAUGAGUUUCAUUUCUGGCAAAUCAUUGUAUGAUUGUUGGUUUGACCAUACUGUGCCAAAACACAUUGUACAAGCGCGUCGGACUCGAACCCUGAAAGAACUUGCUGCUGCCAUGAUUCAAUUGGACAGAUUCUCAUUUGAUCAAGGAGGUUCAAUUAAUUUUGACGAACAUGGCCAACCUGCCCGCAUCAGCCCCUCCCGACACGUUGACAAUCAAGCCAUGCUUGAUCGUCUGUACACAGACGAUCAAGAUGAAAUGGCUGUAUAUGUUGAAUUGGGUCCUUUCACAGACCCAAGGUCAUUCUAUACAGCUUUCCUAGACUGUCGACACGAACCACGUACCAUUUCUAGCAAGGGCGAGCUUGAACUUCUUCGAUUGUUUCUCCAUUGGGUCCCAGAACCUAUGGAUGAGAGGAAGAAAUUUGUCUUGACACACCCAGAUUUUGAUAUCCAGAAUGUUAUCGUCUCAGAAGAUGGAGGAUUACAAGGUCUCAUUGACUGGGACGGCGUUUGUGCAGUCCCACGAAGCUUAGGGAACGAAAAAUACCCAAGCUGGCUGACGCGUGAUUGGGAUCCUGCUAUGUAUGGCUGGAAGGAAGAAAUGGAACAAGGUAUCGAGCCAGAGGGCGUUUGGGAAGACUCUCCUGAAACACUCGCCUUUUACCGCACAAUCUAUGACGACUUUAUGAAAGCGUACCGCCUUCAAGACAAGGGUUUGGUAUCGGAAGUCAACCUAACUCGUAACUCUCUAUUCGCUGAGAAUCUCUAUAUCGCAGCAACAGACCAACUGUGUACUGCAUCAAUCUUAGAUAAGUUCUUCAACGAAAUUGCAGAAAUAGUCCGCAAAUAUGUUUCCGUGCUAGCUACAGAGGCAAGCAAAUCGACCGACGAAGAGAACGAGAAAAUAAUUCCACUAGACAAUGGACAGGUCUCAGGACAGCAGAGCGGGCAUGGCAAUAUGGGAAAUGGAGAAGACAAUUGUGGGUUAAACGACUUCUACAUUUACAAAAUCGCGUGUGCAAUGGCAGAAGGACACCUCAAUGAAUGGCAUAUGAAGCUCUUAAAGAUUGGCUUUGAUGCACUCCUAAAAGGGGAGAUUGAACUUCAGGAGGCGAAGCCAUGCAAGUCGUGA